AUGUCUCAGCAACCCUUGUCGUCGGCGGCGCAGCCGACCGACGUCUAUGGAGGAGACGAGGUUUCCGCCCUGGUGCUCGACCCAGGUUACUGCCAUACGCGCGCCGGUUUCGCGGGCGAAGACGUUCCCAAGUCCAUCUUGCCCUCUUUCCACGGCCGUACGACCAACAAGGAGAUCCAGAAGGAUUUCUUCGGUGACGAAUACCUCAUCGCGCGACCCGACUUCGAAGUUCGCAACUACAUGAACAAGGACAGCGUGGUGGAGGACUGGGACACCGCCACGAAGAUGUGGGAGUACAUGUUGACCAACCAACUGCAGCCAUUCAAGCAGACUUCACCCUCGAAGAACGGCCUCAACGAUGAUCCGAAGGAAGGUGAGGGAGAGAACGGCGAGGCUGCCGACGUGGCCAUGGAGGACGUGGAGGAGCAGGAGAAGUCGCUACAGGAGAACCCACUUCUGAUGAGCGAGGCACCAUGGAACACACCCAAGGCAAGGGAGAAGGCCAUCGAGGUCAUCAUGGAGAACUGGGGUUGCCCCGCCUUCUGGAUGAGCCGCACCCCUGUUCUCUCGGCCUUCGCAGCCGGCAAGGCGAGCGCUCUGGUCAUCGAUGUUGGCGGCGCCAACACUUCCGUCACCGCCAUUCACGACGGCAUGUGUCUCAAGCGCUCUAUCCAGCGAUCUCCCGUUGCAGGACUGUGGCUCUCGGACCAGGUCCGCCACCUUUUCGGUACGAGUGAACCCAAGAUCGAGGUCGUGCCUACCUACAUGGUCGAGUCUAAGACACCCGUCGAUGCCGGUGCCCCUCCGCAAUUCAAGUCUCGCACCUUCCCCUUCAGCAUCGACAAGUCUUUCGUCGAAUACGAGAACGGACGCGUCAUCACCGAAUUCAAGGAGUCCGUUGUCGAGACCUGGAGGGGCCCUGGAAAAUUCCUGUCGCCUCAGAAUGAGGAGUAUGUUCGCACGCAACCCGGACGGAUCUACGAGUUCCCCAACGGCGGCAACCAGAUGUGGCGCGAGCAGCGGUACCGCGUCUCCGAGGGCAUGUGGGAUGAAGCAGCGGCUUUCCCGACAGAGGAUCUGCCCACAGUCAACAAGUCGCAGACCAUUCCCGAACUCAUCCGCAGUGCUCUCAACGCCGUGGAUGUUGACCUCCGCCCCAACCUGCUCGGCAACAUUGUCGUGACCGGCAGCACCAGUCUUCUGAACGGAUUCAACGACCGCCUGAACAACGAGCUCAUGGCCAUGUUCCCCGGCUCCAAGAUCAAGAUUCACGCCGCUGGACUGACCACGGAGCGUCGCUUUGGCGCCUGGAUCGGCGGCAGCAUCCUGGCGAGCCUGGGCACCUUCCACCAGAUGUGGAUCUCGAGGAAGGAGUACGAGGAGAACGGUGUCAACAUCGUGGAGAAGCGCUGCAAGUAG